UCGGGACAUGUUCUCAGCCGGGACUGCAACUUCAUCUAGCACUCUAGAGUGGGCCAUGACAGAGAUGAUGAAAAACCCUAUGGUGAUGGAGAAAGCCCAGGCCAAGGUGAGACAUGUAUUCAAAGGUAAGGCAAAGGUGGAUGAGAGAGACACAAGCAAACUCAACUAUUUGAAAUUGGUUAUCAGGGAGACUCUAAGAUUGCACCCACCUAUCCCACUACUUCGAAGAAAAUGUAGGGAGAGAUGCGAAAUUGACGGCUACGAUUUACCCAUCAACACAAGCAUCACUGUCAAUGUAUGGGCCAUUGGGAGGGACCCACAACAUUGGGAUGACCCAGAGAACUUCAAGCCUGAGAGAUUUGAUGGCAGUUUGAUUGAUUACAAGGGAGCCGACUUUGAGUUUCUACCUUUUGGUGCUGGGAGGAGGAUGUGUACAUGUGUUGGAAUGCUAUCUGGAAUAGUCAAUGUAGUACUUCCUCUUGCUCAACUUCUCUACUACUUUGAUUGGAAACUUCCCAACUGA